AUGCAGAUCCCGCACGGAGAAAUGAGCCCAACACCACCAGAAAAGGAAAAGCCGCCCGUCACCGGCGAUAUUGACCCGCCCCACGAGGAUGGCAGGCAUUGCGACGUCUCAUCUGGUGCGUCUGAUGUUGAGACGGCCAGUAGGCAUGAGAGCGCCGAUGACGCCAGGCAAGAAGAGGAUAGCUUCGAGUUGAUACAGACCGAGUCGCCUCGGGAUCGGCCCGGGGUCCGAGGGCGCCUCUCGCGGUUUCUUGGUAGACCUCUCUUGAGGCGGCAAGAAGGCAAUACAGACAACAAGCCUCCCAUGAAGGAAUCGCCAUCCCCAGUUCCAAGCCAGGCCGGCAGCCAACAUCACGCCCAACAGCCUUCAGCGGACCUCCAUCCAGGGCCAGGCGUCCCCGGAGUCUCAUGGCCAGCAGACCAAUCAUUGGACACGAAGGCCAAAAGAAAGGAACAGCAUCAUCCCAAGCCCUCCAACGGGUCAGAAUCGGGAACACUUUGGCCAGAGUUCCUCUCAGAGACAUCAGUGAAAAGCGGGGCAGACGACAUGAGCGAGUCUCUCAAUCAACCAGGCGAACAUUCGCCGAGUCCUCCCACAACGUUACGCCGAGCCGUCUCGACACCCAGGAGCGGGGAGGGCACCAACGGAAGCUCGUCCGGCGCAGAGGAUGAAGCCGCUCAAGAAGCCGAGGAUCCUUCAAGGAGAGUCCAGAGGCUCAUGGUCGACAAAGUCAUGUCUUCCUUCAUGAACUGGCUGGACACGAAGCUGAAGGUCAAAGACGAGGGUGGAUCACAAGAACCAGAGGCACUGCUCCGACAAGUUCCUGCUUGGCCCUCAACCAGUGGCUACGAGUCCAGGCUCCUCGCCGCCGGCCCCGUCGGAAGGGCUGGGGGACCACCUGAACUGGGGAGUGCGCCACUUUUCUCGGCGACCAGUGAGAUUGACUUCAUGUCAGACGACUCCUCGACCCCGGCUCGUCGUAUUAGUCUCCGGUCCAAACCGGCCCUCUCAUCAACACCGCCACCACCGCCCCCGCCGCCAUCACUGCCAGUGUCCAGAGCACAGAAUUCCAUCCCUGAUCAGCAAAAGACAGGCAAGGCAGUACUUCUUUUCUCUAGGGGUCGCUCAUCACCAAAACCCGAGCCAUUGAAAGCUGCUCCGCCCUCACGUUCCUCGGUUCCACCAGCGAACUACCAUUUGGGAGCACCAUUGGGGAGAUCAUCGGCUUCUCAAGUGGUGCCAGCAGCAGCAGUAGCAGCAGUAGCAGCACCGGCACCAACCCCGCAGUCCAAAAGACUAGAAGCCUCGUCGUCAAAGAGGCGAACUGCUCGGAAAGGAGCACAGGUUGUGGGUCCCUCGUCGCAAACACGUGGAAAGAGACCAGGGAAGCACGACCGUUCAACGGAUGGGAAAAAUGAGGGCAAUGACGAGGAAGACGAUGACGGCGACGACGACGACGACGAAGAAAACUUUUCGCCUCGGGCAAAGCUUCCCAAGAUUCACGAAGACGGGGGAAACAGAGCGAAACUUGCCUGUCCAUUCUUCAAACACAACCCUCGCAAGUACAAGAACCAGCGCCCGUGCUGCGGGCCGGGCUGGGACCAUGUCCAUCGCAUCAAGGAACACAUAUAUCGCAAGCACUCGCUUCCCAGGUUCUCGUGCCCGCGCUGCUGUCAGCCGUUUGAGACCCAGGCAGACCUCCAAGCACACGCCCGCUCGGCAGACGCCUGCGAGGUCCGCGAGCCGGAGGCUCUGGACGGCAUCACUCAAGACCAAGAGAAGCGGCUUCGCUCGCGCAAGAAGACGUCCGCAAAGGAGCUCACAGAAGCCGACAAGUGGACGCAGGUGUACGGAAUCCUCUUCCCCGACGGGAGGGAAAGGGAGAUACCAUCGCCAUACUACAACACCGAAGACGCCGAGACCAACUUGGGGGGCUACGAGGACUACCUGCGUCGCGAGCUUCCGCCCCUGGUCCGCCGACAGCUCGAAGCGGAAGUCGAGCGCGAGCUCAGCUUCGUCGAGGAGGGGAUGAAGCAAAAGGUGAUUGACAUCGCCCGGAACCUCCAGCUCGCGCUCUUCAAGGGCUAUCAACAACUCGAGAACCAGGAGCGCCAUCAUCUGGGUCCGCAGUGUGUCGAAGCGUCGGCUUCCCAGACGGACAGGUCGACAACCUCGCCAACAAACGACACGUCGCCAUCGACCAUGACAACCAGCGACACGACGCCGGAGAUUCCCGAUCCCUUGGACAUCUUCAACGCCGACGCCAUUCCGGACUUUGAGUUUGAUUUCCUCUCCGAAGUCCCCUUUCCCGAAGAGAAGGAGCCGAGCCUCGACUUUGGGUUCACGCAGUCGUUCGAUGCCCAGCAACCUGCCACGAUCCAACCAGGCAUGGAACUGCUAAGCGGGCAGCAAUUCAGCUUGCCGCAGUACGGACUGGAAGAUUAUCAAGACAACCGAGGUCACGUUAGGGGUGCUGGAGCUCUGGGUUACGCUCCAUGA